AUGGACAAACUCAAAUCGAUAACCAAGUACCUCCUUCCAUCGCCACAACAAUCAUCGGAUGGCCGGGACCAGUGGCCCUCUCGGACUGCCUUCCUUCUCGCGGCAAUGGGCGGAUGCGCUGGCAUGGGCAAUCUUCUUCGGUACCCGUCGCAAGUCUUCAACAACAACGGCCUGCAGUGGUUCAUACCAUACCUUAUGUGCGUCUUCCUCAUUGCCAUUCCCGUCCUGAUUCUCGAAAUCGCCAUUGGUCAGGCGUACCGUGGAGGUUGUGUGGUUGCCAACAACUCCAUUCAUCAUCGUUUGAAAGGCGUCGGGUUGAGUUUGCUAUAUGUUGGAUUCGUGGUCAGUCCAUACUUCGUGACAAAUCUGGCUUGGAUCAUGAUUUACUUUCGGAGCUCCUUUCAGAGCCCAUUGCCUUGGGAAGGGCGGGGCGAGGACUUCUUCUACGAGGACGUCGUGGCCAAUGUUGAGCCUGUGCCAGGUAUCCUUUCUGCAGAUGGGAACGAGGUCAUCAAGUAUACGUCGUACCCAGGGAUAGGCAUGAUAGGGGAGACUGUUGGAUGGACCGUGUUCACGUGGUUUCUGGUGUGGGUGUCCAUCUUCCGCGGCGUCGGGCUCACUGGGCGGGUAGUCUACUUCACAAUGGGGCUCCCGAUUGUCAUCACCAUCGUACUCGUCGGCCGGUCAUUGUCGCUUGAAAACGCAUCCCAGGGCGUCAAACUCUUCUGGGCCACUUGGAACGGUGAUAAGCUCGGGAGCGGCGAAAUCUGGCAGACGGCAUGCGGCCAAGUCUUCUUCUCAACCGGCGUCGGCUUCGGCUACUUCACCUCCUACGCAUCGUACAAUCAGAAAUACUCCAACGCCGUCAUGGACUCUAUUCUCAUAGUGAGCAGUAAUGUCCUUUUUGAGAACAUUGCCGCCUUUGCUGUAUAUGGUGUCGUUGGCUUUCUUGGCCUGUUCCCCCAGGAAGGUGUGCGUCUUGGCAGCUUCACCGUUGGCUUCAUCACUCUCCCUUCUGCCGUCACACAGAUGCCCGGUGCUAAUUUCUGGGCUGUUCUACUCUUCUUCACGUUGAUGGUUCUAGGGUACAGUUCCGCGUUUGCCAUGGUGGAUGCGCUGGUCACGCUGGUCAUGGAUGCGCAGCCCCGAUGGAAUCGCUCGGUUGUCGUGACAGUCAUUGUCAUUGUGUUCUUCUUGCUUUCUUUGCCGUAUUGCACAGAGUUUGGGUAUUAUCUCCUCACUGGCAUAGAUCGAUGGACAAAUGAUGUCGCGCUGGUAUUUGUUGUAUGGGCAGAAUGCGUCACUUCGACUACUGUAUAUCGGUGGAGAGACGUCGUUGGCCAAGUUGGACUUCCCGCCUUCAUUGGGUUUAACAGUGGCUUCUUUGGAGGUAUGAUCCUCGGCGUCGUAAUAGCUCAAGCGGUGUCGCCGGCCUCUGGAGCAGGUGUGGGCUUUGGGUUCUUCACUCUUUGCACCAUAGCCUCCGUCAUUAUUAGCAAAAGUCCAGAGGAGCGCACGCCCAAGUUCUGGCGAAAGAAUAUUUUCACUAAACGGCUAUGGUACUUGGGUUUCUACUCCGGCAAUCAACUUCGCCGAGACCUGAACGAGAUUAUUGGUUGCGGCAACAACUGGGGUAUCCCAUUCUUUUGGGCACCUCUCAUCCGCUACGUGUCUGCACCAAUUCUUGCAAUCGUAUAUAGCUUUUCCUACCCGUCCUUUUAUCAGCUUCGUGAAGACCCGCUUCAUAUCUUGGGGUUUGGUGUUGGCCAUGUUGCCUUGCUCAUUGUCGGAUGCGGUUUUGUUCUUCCCAGGUGGCUGGAUGUUCUGGUACCCCCGACUCGCCGGGGGGAAGGAAAGUUGGAUAUUGGAGCGAAUGCUUCGCCUCUAAAUUUACAGUUGGAUCGAACAGAUAGCUCUGAGGCGGCUGAGACGAGUAGCAAUAGAAAGCGGGGGACCGACCAUGUAAGAACAGCGCCGAACGAGUGA